AUGUUCCCCACACUCAUCAGACGCCUUGCACAGGCGCCCAAACCGCAAAUACUCGAAUCCGCAGCCAAAGCCGCAACCGAAGUACCCAAAACGAAGCUCAAGAAAGUCUGGCCACCUGACAUGAUGACCAUGUCCCCGCAGCAGCAGCUCAGGUUUGAGAAGAAGUACAAAAGGAGGCUUAAGAUGGCUACCCUCCGACCAGGGUGGGAUAAGGGCGUGCGGUUGGCGCAAUACUUUACAAUCACAUUUGUGCUUGUAUAUACGGCCCUCUUUAUGGAUUGGAAGGAAAUGCCGAAUCCUUAUGGCGGAAUUCGGGAGUCAUUUUGGGGAUUCUUCGGCUCCUUUACCGAAGAUACAAGAACGCUGGAACCUGCCCAGCAGCCCAAGCCCAAGAGACCUUAG